AUGGCGGGAAUCUCCAGUGUUGCUCUGUUGGCCUCUCGGCCAUGCUCUUCGUCCUCAUUCAACACCAAAUCUUUCUUCUCUGUACGCUCAUCUCAUGGCCGGAGAUUCUGUGGAGGGAUUGGAGUUCCUCUGAAGAAAGAACGGUUUCGAUUCCACGUCUCAAUUGCUAAUGUUGUCACUGACAUUAGUCCUGCCCAGAACCAGGUCCAAAAGCUUGCUGCCUCCAAGGAGGCUCAAAGGCCCGUUUACCCGUUCGCAGCCAUAGUCGGUCAGGACGAAAUGAAACUCUGUCUCCUCCUCAACGUGAUCGACCCGAAAAUUGGGGGCGUCAUGAUAAUGGGUGACCGUGGCACGGGAAAGUCCACCACCGUCCGGUCACUAGUCGAUCUUUUACCCAAUAUCCGAGUAGUUGCAGGCGACCCGUUUAACUCCGACCCCGAAGAUGCCGAGGUUCAAGGCCCCGAAGUACGCGACCGGGCAUCCAAAGGCGAACAACUCCCGAUCGUCCUCACCAAGAUCAACAUGGUCGAUUUGCCAUUGGGGGCCACUGAAGAUCGAGUUUGUGGCACGAUCGAUAUCGAGAAGGCUUUGACUGAAGGUGUAAAAGCUUUCGAGCCGGGACUGCUUGCCAAGGCCAAUCGGGGCAUUCUCUAUGUUGACGAGGUCAACCUUUUGGACGACCAUCUUGUAGACGUGCUUUUGGAUUCGGCUGCUUCGGGGUGGAACACGGUCGAGAGAGAGGGAAUCUCGAUUUCUCACCCGGCCCGUUUUAUACUGAUCGGGUCGGGCAACCCGGAGGAGGGCGAGCUCCGGCCACAACUGCUCGAUCGGUUCGGGAUGCAUGCGCAGGUGGGGACGGUCAAAGAUGCCGAGCUCCGAGUGAAGAUUGUCGAGGAGCGGGCUAGGUUUGACCGGAGCCCGAAGGAGUUUCGUGAAUCUUACUCGGCCGAGCAGGAAAAGCUCCAGCAGCAGAUCUCGGCUGCUAGGGGCUCCCUCUCGUCGGUCACGAUAGAUCAUGAGCUUAGGGUUAAGAUCUCGAGGGUGUGUGCCGAGCUGAAUGUGGAUGGGUUGAGGGGCGAUAUCGUCACGAACCGGGCAUCCAGGGCACUUGCGGCGCUCAAGGGGAGGGAUAAAGUGAGUGCCGAGGAUAUUGCCACCGUUAUUCCGAAUUGUUUGAGGCAUCGGCUUAGGAAGGACCCUCUGGAGUCCAUUGACUCGGGUUUACUCGUGAUUGAGAAAUUUUACGAGGUUUUUAGCUGA